CGCUCGAAGGAUGCUGUGGCCCCGGCACCUGUGGGGCAGCCAGCGCCGGGGACUUUCCUGAAAGCGGUUUCAGAGGCUCUGUGCCUGGGUCCGGCCGUGGUGAUCAGCCCAUCGCUCAGUGGCAUGUACUCCCUGCCCUUCCUCUUCCAGCACAACCACCUGCUCAAGGCGUAUGUGCCGGUGGCACCCAUCUGCACUGAGAAAUUCACAGCGGAGCAGUACACACAGAUCAAAACGCCCACGCUGAUUGUGUACGGGGACCAGGACGCAGAGCUGGGGCAGGCCAGCCUGAACAACCUGCGGCACCUCCCCGAGCACCGGGUGCUGGUGCUGCAGGGUGCCGGGCACGCCUGCUACCUGGACAAGCCCGACGAGUGGCACCGGGGGCUCCUGGCCUUCCUGCAGCAGCUGGAGUGA